GCGCAAUUCAUAAGGUGUCCUCCCACGCCGCAGGCGGCCCACGGGCCACAAGAAAAGUCCCCGAGGCCCACAGUCCACGUCUCUUCAAUCCCGGCUCUUCCGAUUUCCCCGAGGGCCAAGGGAAAGAGUCAAGGCAGACGGAGAGACGAGACAGAGAGUCCCUAAUUCUGGUCCACUGUUCCCCACAGCUCGUCCAUACAGGUAUAUAGAUCAACAACGAUAUUUUCGCUUCGGAUCGAUCAUUAAGCAAGUCUGUUAAGUCGCCCCAUCCUCAAGCGUGGGCUACCCCCGACACACCUUCAGCGCACACUUGCUUCGUGUUCUGUCAUCAACUGACCCACGCAUAUUCUGAACGAUCGAACAGGCUGCGCCACUUUCCAACCGUUCAGCAACAUGUUUUCUAAUCUGCCUGAUCAUGAAUGCGACGCGUUCUUUAACAUCAUGGAUGAAUACUUUUCUCAGCGACCGCAAUUGGAUCCCAUCGCGAUUGCCGAGGAAAUGGCAGAGCUCCGCGCUGGAGCGAGUCCUGAUGAUCCCACUUCGAAAUCGACAUCUGGAGCUGUAAAUGUAAACUCACAAGCGCCACCACCACCUACGGGGCGAAACCCUGUUGUGUCCACCGAAGAGGCAAGGCCAGCAGAAGAGGGGGAUCCGGACGCCGUAAUGUAUGCAGAGGCGAUAUAUGCGUAUCCUAAAAACGAAGCGGAUGAUCUGGAGCUGGCCAAGGGCGAACGUUUGGUGCUUCUCGAGCGGAUAUCAGAUGAUUGGUGGAGGGGAAGAAGCAUGGACGGGAAACGGAGAGAGGGGAUCGUACCGAGCGCAUAUGUCCAAGAAUUGCGAUGACCGUAGAAAGAUGCGACCUCAAACAUAACGCAGUUUUGAAAUACCAUUUUUUGAUGUUAGGCUGCCGCCGUUGG